AGGCCCUCCCGUUUCGGGGCCCCGCCUCUCCGGAGGGAGAACACUAUAAAGUCUUUGCGAACCGGGUCCCUCCAGCCGGUGUCGGUUUAGUCCAACUCUGGGGUUAGAGGUUCCGAGCCUUGAGUCCGCGCCCCCGGGAGCAUCGGGUGCAAGAGACAUGGCCCACGAGCUGUACCACCACGCGUUCGCCGAGGCGGGCAAGCAAGCGGGGCUCCAAGUCUGGAGGAUCGAGAAGCUAGAGCUGGUGCCGGUGCCCCAAAGCGCCUACGGCAACUUCUACGUCGGGGAUGCCUACUUGGUGCUGCACACUAUCCAGGCGAGACGAGGCUUCUCCUAUCGCCUGCACUUCUGGUUGGGAAAGGAGUGUACCCAGGAUGAAAGUACAGCAGCUGCCAUCUUCACUGUUCAAAUGGACGACUAUUUGGGUGGCAAGCCAGUACAGAACAGAGAACUGCAAGGCUAUGAGUCUACUGAUUUUGUUGGCUAUUUUAAAGGAGGUUUGAAAUACAAGGCUGGAGGUGUGGCAUCUGGACUAAAUCAUGUUCUCACAAAUGACCUCACAGCUGAGAGGCUCCUCCAUGUCAAGGGUCGGAGAGUGGUCAGGGCCACGGAAGUUCCCUUGACAUGGGACAGUUUCAACAAGGGUGACUGCUUCAUCAUUGAUCUUGGAACUGAAAUUUACCAGUGGUGUGGUUCUUCAUGUAACAAAUACGAACGUGUGAAGGCAAGCCAGGUUGCCAUUGGCAUUCGGGACAAUGAAAGGAAUGGAAGAUCUCAACUUAUUGUUGUAGAAGAAGGAAGUGAACCAUCAGAACUUUUAAAGGUUUUAGGGAAGAAGCCAGAGCUUCGGGAUGGAGAUGAUGACGAGGACACUGUGGCAGAUGUGACUAACAGGAAAAUGGCUAAACUCUAUAUGGUUUCAGAUGCCAGUGGAUGCAUGCAAGUUAGCGUGGUGGCAGAAGAAAACCCCUUCUCCAUUUCCAUGCUGCUUUCUGAGGAGUGCUUUAUUUUGGACCACGGCGCUGCAAAGCAAAUUUUUGUAUGGAAAGGUAAAGAUGCUAAUCCCCAGGAGAGAAAAGCUGCAAUGAAGACAGCUGAAGAGUUUCUAGAGAAAAUGAAUUAUUCCACUAAUACUCAAAUUCAGGUGCUUCCAGAAGGAGGUGAAACACCGAUCUUCAAACAAUUCUUUAAGGACUGGCGAGAGAAAGAUCAGAGUGAUGGCUUUGGAAAAGUAUAUGUCACAGAGAAAGUGGCUCAAGUCAAACAAAUUCCUUUUGAUGCCUCAAAAUUACACAGUUCUCCACAGAUGGCAGCCCAGCACAAUAUGGUGGAUGAUGGUUCUGGCCAAGUGGAGAUUUGGCGUGUAGAAAGUAAUGGUAGGGUCCCAGUUGACCAAAGCUCAUAUGGUGAAUUUUAUGGUGGUGACUGCUACAUUAUACUGUAUUCUUAUCGCAGAGGACAGAUUAUCUACACAUGGCAAGGAGCAAAUGCCACGAGAGACGAGCUGACAACAUCUGCCUUCCUGACUGUCCAAUUGGAUCGGUCCCUUGGAGGACAGGCUGUGCAGAUCCGAGUCUCCCAAGGCAAGGAGCCUUCUCACCUGCUGAGUUUGUUCAAAGAGAAACCACUCAUUAUUUACAAGAAUGGAACAUCAAAGAAAGGAGGUCAGGCACCUGCUCCCCCUAUACGCCUCUUUCAAAUCCGGAGAAACCUGGCGUCUAUCACCAGAAUUGUGGAGGUUGAUGUUGAUGCAAAUUCAUUGAAUUCCAAUGAUGUUUUUGUUCUGAAACUGCAACAAAACAAUGGCUACAUCUGGAUAGGAAGAGGUGCUAGCCAGGAGGAGGAGAAAGGAGCAGAUUAUAUAGCAAGAGUCCUCAAGUGCAAAACCUCAAGAAUUCAGGAAGGAGAGGAACCAGAGGAAUUUUGGAGUUCCCUUGGAGGGAAAAAAGUCUACCAGACCUCACCACUGCUAGAAACCCAGGCUGAAGACCAUCCUCCUCGGCUUUACGGCUGCUCUAACAAAACUGGAAGGUUCAUUAUUGAGGAGGUUCCAGGAGAAUUCACCCAAGAUGAUCUAGCAGAAGAUGAUGUCAUGUUACUGGAUACUUGGGAACAGAUAUUUAUUUGGAUUGGUAAAGAUGCCAAUGAAGUUGAGCGAACAGAAUCUCUGAAGUCUGCCAAAAUGUACCUUGAAACAGACCCUUCUGGAAGAGAUAAGAGAACACCAGUUGUCAUCAUAAAACAGGGCCAUGAGCCAUCCACAUUCACAGGCUGGUUCCUCGGUUGGGACUCUAAAAAGUGGUAAAACUGAUUUUUAUACAAGAAUAUAAAAAUAGAGUAGCUGUUCCAUUACUGUUCUGGGGGGAAAUUUUUUGUUAGUUUGUUUUAGAAAAUUA